ACCUAAAACUUGAAGAGUUAUUUGUGUGGACAAAAGGCAGGGGAAGAGCCAGAGGUAUUAAGAGAGAGAUAGGAACUAGGAAAGUUGUAAUCAAAAUGGGCGAGGGUGAUGAAGUUAGCUCUGCCCCUAUGACGCCACGGCCGGCGGGUACUUCCCCAAGACCGCCCAUAUCAUGUCCACCGUCGCAAUUCCACUCCCCGUCUCUGUCUCGGUCACCACUUCUCUCCUUCGCCGACCACCCAGAAAAUGCCAUAACCAAUGCGAACAAGACCCCGAACAAGACGCCGAACAAGACCCCGAAUAGGUCUCGAUUCUCGACGCCGCGGUUCAUUACUCCCUUGGGAAGCCCACUCAGGAAAGCCCUCCACUUGACAAAACUUGACCCACAAGACGCUUGGCUCCCAAUCACCGAGUCUAGAAAUGGAAACGCAUACUAUGCGGCUUUUCAUACUCUUUGUUCCGGGAUUGGAAUUCAAGCACUUAUUCUCCCUGUUGCCUUCACCAUACUAGGAUGGUCAUGGGGAGUCAUAUGCUUGACAUUAGCAUUUAUAUGGCAACUCUAUACCCUCUACUUGCUGGUGCAACUCCAUGAAUCACCCGAAACCGGAAUCCGCUACAGCAGAUACAUGCAACUCAGCAGUGCAACUUUCGGUGAGAAGGUAACAAACUGUUUUGUCGCAUUCCCGAUCAUGUACCUAUCAGGGGGCACAUGUGUGGCUUUAAUCGUCAUUGGAGGCUCAACGAUGAAGAGCUUUUUCAACACAGUGUGUGGGCCCGAUUGCACAGUCCACCCACCAACAACCGUGGAAUGGUACCUAAUAUUUACAUGUGCCGCGGUGCUGCUGUCUCAGCUGCCCAACUUGAACUCCAUAGCCGGGGUGUCGCUGGUUGGAGCCAUCACUGCCCUCGGUUAUUGCACCAUGAUAUGGGUGGUAUCGGUGGACGAGGGGAGGAUUCCCAACGUAUCGUACAAUCCAGUGAGAGCAAACACCCAGAUCGCUCGGAUUUUUGAUCUUCUCAAUGCUCUUGGGAUCAUUGCUUUUGCUUUCAGAGGCCACAAUCUCAUCCUCGAGAUACAGGCCACCAUGCCUUCAAGCGAGAAGCACCCAUCACGUGUGCCGAUGUGGAGGGGUGUCAAGUUUGCGUAUUUUCUCGUAGCAAUGUGCUUAUUCCCGCUUGCGAUUUUCGGCUAUUGGGUAUACGGCGACAAGAUACCACCAAACGGAGGGAUGCUGGUGGCCGUAAUACAAUUCCACGGAAAUGACACAUCACAGGCUAUCCUAGGACUAAUAAGCUUAUUCGUGAUAAUAAACGCGGUUAGCUCGUUCCAGAUAUACGGAAUGCAGAUGUUUGACGACAUGGAGUCCAAGAUCACUACAAGGAUGAAGAAGCCGUGCCCGUGGUGGCUCAGGGCCAUUCUCCGGGCCAUGUUUGGAUAUGGGUGCUUCUUUGUUGCCGUGGCAAUCCCCUUUUUGGGAAGCUUCGCGGGUCUCAUUGGAGGGAUAGCGUUACCUGUGACUUUGGCUUAUCCGUGUUUUAUGUGGCUUAAGAUUAAGAAGCCCAAGGUUUACAGCCCGGUGUGGUGCCUGAACUGGGGUUUGGGUGUUCUGGGAAUGUGCCUAAGUGGGAUUCUGAUCGUGGCCGGAUUAUAUGUUGUGAUUGACACUGGUAUUCAAGUCAGCUUCUUCAAGCCUCACUAAUAAGUUAGUGCAGGAUACAAGGCUAAAGGGUAUUGAGCUUUUAGGAUUCACAUAGUUGAUGAGUAUAUUUGUUCUAAUUACUGUAUUAUUGAUGAUAAAUGAACUCGACAUGAUUGUAUUGGUUUGGAUUAAAGGUAUGUACCUCUAGAGAUCUUACAAUUAUUUCUUCUUACAGUUGUAAUACAUUUGAAUGGGUUUUCAAGAAAUUUUGAGUUCUUUUCACACGUAAAACAAA